GCUAAGAUGAGAAGAGCAAGUCAUUCACCCAACUGAAAACCUAUUUGCCUAAUUAACUAGAAAACAAACAAGUAAAGAAAAGAAUUCACAAAAAUCACACCUAUAAAUCCCUCUUUCCCACAUCCAUUUCAUUUCCCCUCUCCCUUCUUUCUAGCUUUCAUUAGUGCAUGCAUCAACAAAACUCUCUCUCUCUCUAGAACUCUCUCUCUCAUGGAACAUCUUCUUACCAAGAUUUUCAUGUCACAUAUUCUUCUUGGAUUCUUUCUAACUUUAUCAGGUUUUGGUUUUGUACGGGAAGUGGAAUCGCUGGGCAUUAACUACGGCCAAGUUGCCAACAAUCUGCCGGCGCCGGAGAAAGUUCUAGAACUCCUCCGUUCACUUAAGGUGACGAAAGCCAGAAUCUACGACACGAACCCUCAAGUUCUGUCGGCUUUCGCAAACUCCAACGUCGAAAUCAUCGUCACCGUCGAAAACGACAUGCUCGCCACGUUAACGGACCCCAACCAGUCCCUCCAAUGGGUUUCCACCCGCAUCCGCCCCUUUUUCCCGGCUACCAGAAUCACCGGUAUCGCCGUCGGUAACGAGGUCUUCACCGGCGACGACAACACCCUCGUCACCUACCUCGUACCCGCCAUGGUCAGCAUCCACGCCGCCCUCGUACGCCUGGGGCUGGACCAGUACAUCCACGUGUCCACCCCCAAUUCCCUGGCCGUCCUCCAGGAAUCUUUCCCGCCGUCCGCCGGAAGUUUCCGGCCGGAGCUGAACGUGAUAAUGCUCCAGUUCCUGCAGUUCUUGGCAGCCACCAGAGGCCCGUUCUGGAUAAACGCGUACCCGUAUUUCGCGUACAAGGACAGCCCGAAUAAGAUCCCAAUAGACUACGUACUUUUCAACCCGAAUUCGGGUAUGGUCGACCCGAAUACGAAGCUCCACUACGACAACAUGCUGUACGCUCAAGUUGACGCGGUUAUAAUCGCCAUGGCCAAAAUGGGUUACGGAGGAAUCGAGGUUCGGGUUUCGGAAACGGGUUGGCCCUCCAGAGGGGACGCUACUGAAAUCGGGGCAAACCUUCAAAAUGCGGCCAUAUAUAAUCAUAAUUUAAUGAGAAGACAAUAUUUGAAUGAAGGGACUCCAUUGAGGCCGAGCAUGAAGUUAGAGAUUUACGUGUUUGCUUUGUUCAACGAGGAUAUGAAGCCGGGCCCCACUUCCGAGAGGAAUUACGGGCUUUUUCAGCCCGACGGGACUAUGGCCUACAAUGUCGGGCUCACUGCAUUGUCAACUACUUCUUCUUCUUCUUCUUCGUCAACUUCAUCGGCCUCAAUUUCCUUAACUUCCAAUUCCACCAAGGUUAAAGAAAGUGGAUAUUCAAGGUUACUGUGUUCAAUAUUCCUUUACUUGGUGGGGUUUCAAGUUUAUAUGAGAAGACAUUGGUAAACAAUUAUAUAUAU